AUGGCGUCGGUGCGCACAUUUCAGCUGCCACACUACCAUGCCUACCCUAUCCACGUGGCCCUGUUCAAGGAUGUCGCAAACGCCUCGCAUCUCAGGCGUCAGCUCCUAGAUGCCAAUCCGCAUUUCGACUAUGCCUUUUUGGACGCGUCAAUGAUCGUCUCACCCCAGCACCUCCUCUCCGCCACCUUUAUUGCUCUCCACAACUUCUUGACCUCGCGCUCAAAGACGCGCACUCCCCACUCGGAGCUCGUCUUUCGCCUCUCCCCCAACAACAACAUUGGUGAAUCCUACAAGAAGUUUGGCAUCUCAGACGCCUCGACGCAAAUCAUUGCCGUCAAACUGCCCCUCUCUGCAUCCCCUCCCGACGGUACCUAUGUCAAGGAUGAGUCCAUCACAAAUCAAACCGUGAGCGCCCAUCUCGGCAACGUUGUGCACGGGUCCAGCAUCGAGAUUGCCGACAACGGUCAAGAGCUGGGCUCCUUCUGUCAACUAGACAAGGUCUGCAAGGUCUACAAGCUGGCUAGUGCUGACCGUGCCUCUCGAAGCAACACCACCACCACCACCACCAACACCAAACAAGCCAACGGCGAGAAUCACGGAAAUGACUCUCAAGACCAAAAGGCCUACAUUGAGAGUCUAGUUCUAGGAGCCAUGGCUCUCAAAGGAUCCUGAACGACUCAUCAAGCCACUCAUUCCCUUGUCUCAGCCCGCCAUAUCACGGCUUACAGUCCGUGAAUUGCUGACUGGCCUGAUGAUCGUUGUUUGCAACGCACAACUAUACAAUUAUAGAAACACACAACACAUCACUUCACACUAGUGCAUACGUUGAAACUUUAAUCGUACUUCUCUCGCCCU